AUGGAGCUCUCCCUGCUGUACUUUCUCUGUAUACUUUCUAUAGCCUCAGCCUCGUUCCCCUUCAACUUUGGACUCUCAUCCUCUCCCGUCCUACUACCGCGCGCAAAAAAUCCCACUAGCAAAGACGGCAACUGUGGUUCCAAUUCCGAGACUAACGCGACAUGCCUCACAUCCACAUUCGGUAACUGCUGCUCCGAAAAAGGAUUCUGCGGCAAGACGUCCUCAUAUUGCGAUGAAGGCUGUCAAGCUGCCUUUGGUAGCUGCUCGUCGGGGGCUGAUGGGCAGCUUGUGAGCACUUCGGGAUCAUGUGGUGCGACGUCCACGAGCAAUGUCACAUGUGAAGGAAGCACGUAUGGAGACUGCUGCUCUGAGAAGGGAUACUGUGGCAAGAAUGCAACCUAUUGUGGUGCCGGGUGCCAAAGUAUGUUCGGUACUUGUUCAUCCAGUGACGAGUCCUCCACGACAACGGCAACAUCUGACAAGACCUCAACCUCGACGGCGGCGUCAGCAACGAGUCUCGGUGCUAUAUCUAUUGACGGAAACUGCGGAUCGAAUUCGGAUAUCGAUGCCACCUGCAAAGACAGCACGUUUGGCGAUUGCUGUUCGGCAAAGGGGUACUGUGGCGGGACCUCGGAUUAUUGUGGAUCUGGUUGCCAAAGCGACUUCGGUUCCUGCGAUUCCUCAUCCUCGUCUGCGUCCUCAUCUGCGUCCUCGUCGACAUCCUCGGCUGAAUCCUCCUCGACAACCCCGUCCACAACCCCGUCCACAAGCUCCCUCAGCACCGGUGCCAAGGCCGGAAUCGCGGUCGGAUCUGUCAUUGGCGGGCUCGGCGCAAUAGGGCUUGUCGCUUGGCUUGUGCUACGAAGGAAAAACAGAAAGUCGUCGCAGCAAUUGACGGAUAGCGACGUGGGGAAACCUAAUGAAGAGACGAGAUAUGAGUUGCAUGACGAGAGGACACAUGAGAUGCAUGCGCAGAAUCUGGUUGAGUUACCUGCUGAUUAUGGGAGGGUUGACGAUCGGGCUGCGGCAGGGUAUGACGGGGCAUACCGAGGACAUUAA